AUGGCGCUUCUUCUCAAAUAUGUGAUUCUAAUCGGCGUAAUUUGCGGAGUGUCGUUUGCGGCAAUUGCCGCCGAACCCGAGAGAACUAUGAGUCCCGAAGAGGAGUACAUCAACAAAUUGGCGCAUCGAACGACGGAUGCGCAGCGGAAUGGCACAACUCUUGCGCAAGUGUUGCAGGGAUCGGCGAGAUCGCGAGUUGUUGGCGUGGAGGGGGUGAAUUAUGAGAUCAAUAAGACCAAUAAUGAACCGUAUUUGGUUUGUGCGGUGAGUUUUGAGCAUAUUUGGGCUCAAAAUGCUCCAAAUUUCGAGGAUUUUCAAAUCCCAACAAUCCACGUGGCGUGCUUCGCAAGCCCUGUUCAAACAGUUGGCCGCUGACGCGGAAUCUUGCGGUUUACACUCGCUCCGCUCGACCCGAGCGCUCUGCGCGAGUGUAGACAGCAAGCUUCCGCGUAAGCGGCACUAUCUUCCGCUUUAGCGGCCACGUAGAUUGCUAUGAUCCCUUGCCACGUCAUAGCACCCCACGUGGCCGCUGAAGCGGAAGCUUGCGGUCUACACUCGCUCCGCUCGACCCGAGCGCUUUGCGCGAGUGUAGACCGCAAGCUUCCGCGUCAGCGGCACUAUCUUCCGCUUUAGCGGCCACGACGCCUUCAAUGACGUGGAUUUUCGAGCGCCGGAGGCGCGAGUGUAAUCCGCAAGAUUCCGCGUCAGCGGCACUGUCUUCCGCUUUAGUGGCCACGUGGAUUGCUAUGACGUUUGCCAUAUCAUAGCAAUCCGCGUGGCCGCGUUCGCGGAAGAUAGUGCCGCUGACGCGGAAGCUUGCGGUUUACACUCGCGCCUCCGGCGCUCGAAAUUCAAUAAUUAUACUUUGCUCGCUUCACUAAAUUAUAGCUCUCAUACUUUUUUUUUGCUGAAAAAUAAAUCAUGUGACGAGGAAGAAAAAAGAGAAGAACAACAUUUUUCAAAAAAUGUCAGGUGAUAAUUUUUUUUUUGCCGAAAAAAAAAUUAAAGAUCAGCUCGAGUACACGUGGAUUCUGAAAAUCCUCGAAAUUUGGAGCAUUUUGACAUCAAACAUGCUCAUAUUUAGUCUUGAAAUGCUCCAAAUUCCACGUGGAUUCUGAAAAUCCUCGAAAUUUGGAGCAUUUUGACAUCAAAUAUGCUCAUAUUUAGUCUUAAAAUGCUCCAAAUUCCACGUGGAUUCUGAAAAUCCUCGAAAUUUGGAGCAUUUCGAGCCCAAACAUGCUCAUAUUUAGUCUCAAAAUGCUCCAAAUUCCACGUGGAUUCUCCGAAAAUCCUCGAAAUUUUUGCAGUUCCUCGACCGCACCAUCUGCGACCCGGACACCAAUCCGAAUUGUCCCACCACCCAAACGUGCACACUUCACGGCUCACACGUCGUUCUAUCGUGCAUCUCUGUGUUCAGCUAUGAACCCAGGGUGGAGGUGGUGAAUUCGACGGAAAAGAUCAUCGGGGUUCCGGAGGAGACGAUUCAUUUUCAAGGUUGUCAGGAGCGGAUGGCGGAGAGCAAAGCGGGAUGCGGAGAGCAUACGGUAAGUCGACGGGCGGAGCCGCGAGUCUAUCAAAAAUGCCCGCAAGAUUCCGCGUCAGCGGCCUCGUGGCAACGAUAGAGAUCAUAGAAAUCCACGUGGGGCCGCUGAAGCGGAAGAUAGUGCCGCUAACGCGGAAGCUUGCGGUCUACACUCGCGCACAGCGCUCGGGUCGAGCGAAGCGAGUGUAGACCGCAAGAUUCCGCUUCAGCGGCCACGUGGAAACCAUAGAGAUCAUAGAAAUCCACGUGGGGCCGCUUACGCGGAAGCUUGCGUUCUACACUCGCUCCGCUCGACCCGAGCGCUCUGCGCGAGUGUAGACCGCAAGCUUCCGCGUCAGCGGCACUGUCUUCCGCUUCAGCGGCCACGUGGAUUACUAUGACAUGGCAAGGGAUCAUAUCAAUCCACGUGGCCACUAAAGCGGAAGUGAAAUCAAGUGCGCUCUAAUGCGAAUUUUUGAGAAUUUUGAUAAUUUUCAAAAAUUCUCAAUGGAGCGCACUUGCUAUAACUAACUUCAAAAUAGGUGUUAGAGCUCCAAAAAUAUAUGAAAAUGCUCAGAAAAUCAAGUGCGCUCUAAUGCAAAAUUGAAAUUUUUCAAAAAUUCUCCAUAGAGCGCACUUGCUAUAACUAACUUUAAAAUGCUUCUUAGAGGUCCGGAAAUACACGAAAAUGCUCAGAGAAGCAAGUGCGCUCUAAUGCAAAUCUUCAAAAUUUCGAAAAAUUUCAAAAAUUCUCCAUGGAGCGCAUUUGCUAUUUUUUUUUUGCAGUGCCUCAACAACGGCGUGAAACGCAAAAGCCGUGUGCGCAACUGUUGUUGUCUGACCAAAAACUGCAACGAGAAGAGGGCGGUGCGCAUGUUGAAUCCGUUCUACGUGGAUCCGGACGCGGAAGCGGAAGCGGAACAGCUCAAAAAUUCGACACUAAAUGCUCCAAAAAUUAUUGGUUAGUACCUUAUAAUUGCACCAUUUUCACCCUUUUUUUCAUUUUUGCACCAAAGUAAAUCGUUAAUUUUUUCUAUUUUUUGCACAGCUAAUAUGAGCAAUGCUCCAAAUAUUAACAAAAAAGGAUUCUAAAUCACUAAUAUGAGCAAUUCUGAUUUUAAGAAUGCGGAGCGUUGCUCAUAUUAGCGAUAAAACUGCCGAAAAAUGGUCCGCUCUACUUCAUUAAUAUGAGCAAUUCUCAGGAAGCAUGUGUGUUAACAUGAGCAAUGCUCCAAAAUCUAACACUUCCACGUGUGAAAAUUUCAGAACUAGCACCAGAAAGUGAGGAAGAAGAAGAAGAAGAAGCUGAACUAAAAACCGGCGGAUAUUCACUGUCUUUUGUAGUCUACAUGGUGAUGCUCACGGCGUGUUUGUCAUUUGCGGCCGCCACCAUUUUGAUCUACUCAAUGUGUAGUCGAAGGAGGCAACAGACACAUGUCAAAUUGGUGAGUUUUGAAGGGAGCAUAGCUAUGACGUGGCAAAAAAUCCACGUAUUUUGAUACCAAACAGGCCUAGGGUACUGUAGUUCCCGCGUGGUAAGACCCAGGCGGUACAGUACCCCAUAGCUAUGACGUGGCGGAAAUUCCACGUUUUUAGGGUCUAAACACGCCUAGGGUUACUGUAAGCGUUGAGGAUCGUGGUGAGACACAGAUCCUACAGUACCCUAAUCAUAUUCGGUCUCGAAAGUAGGUCACAAAUACAGUACCCCAUAGCUAUGACGUGGCAUGAAAAAUCCACGUUCUAAGAGUCCAAACACGCCUAGGGUUACUGUAGCCACGUGGAUUUUUAUCAUAGCACGUUUGACCUCAAGAAUUCCGAGUAGAUCAGAACUACAGUACCCCAUAGCUAUGACGUGGCAUGAAAAAUCCACGUGUUCCCGCGUGGCAAGACCCAGGCGCUACAGUACCUUAGAUAGAUCAGCUUUACAGUACCCCAUAGCUAUGACGUGGCAUGAAAAAUCCACGUUUUUAGAGUCCAAACAAGCCUAGCGUUACUGUAAGCUUUGAGGAUCGUGGUGAGACCCAAAAUCCACAGUACCCCCGUCAUGUUUAGUCUCAAAAUGAUCGUAAUUUCGAGGCAUGACAGUACCCCAUAGCUAUGACGUGGCGAAAAAUCCACGUUUUCCGAGGAGGUCAAACAAGCCUAGGGUUACUCUAAGCUUUGAGGAUCGUUGAGACCCAAAAUCUACAGUACCCCCGUCAUGUUUAGUGUCAAAAUGCGUAGAACUCCAAGUAGAUCAAAACUACAGUACCCCUCCCCCGUCAUGUUUAGUCUCAAAAUGACCGCAAUGUGAUUCAGAAUAGCUAUGACGUGGCAAAAAAACAGUAACAAACCUAACUUCUUGCAGGAAACCACAAACGCAUCAGCUCCCCUAGUCCUACCCACUCAAGAAUUCGAAAUGCGCACGCGAAGCCCGGCAAAACCCACCAACAGCCCGAUUCUCAACGGUCGUCUCCACUACCCAGCCCACUACUAUCCACCCGAACUCGACACCAACAACCAGAACAGCACGGCGAUCAACAACAUCAGCGAGGCGAUCAGCGAUCAACACAUCAUCGCACACGGUCGCUAUGGUUUUGUGUUCCGCGCGAAAUACACCGACCCAGAGGGGAAUGAGCACUGUGUGGCUGUCAAGAAGCACGACAUCUCCGAACGCCCCAGUUAUCUUGCCGAGAAGAAGAUCUUCGAUUAUUUUGCGAGUUUACCCAAGGGCUACCCAUCGAUCUUGAAAUAUUGGGGAUCCGAGGAAGUUGGGCAGGAACUAUGGAUUGUUACCGAAUACCAUGAGAGACUUAGCCUAUAUGAGUUAAUCAAGCGGAAUACCAUAAGCCUGGCGUCAGCUAUCAGAGUUAUCUUAAGUAUGGUUGAUGGUUUACAAUUCCUACAUGAUGAUCGACCAUUUUUCUUUGGACAUACCAAGCCGAUUAUAAUCCAUAGGGAUAUAAAAUCCAAGAACAUCCUAGUUCGGAAGGAUAUGACAGCGCUGAUCGCAGAUUUCGGUCUCGCCCGGAAGUUCGAGAUGCGCAACCCGAAAUACAACGAUCUUCUCGGGCAGGUCGGCACCCGUCGCUAUAUGUCGCCUGAAGUUCUCGAGGGUGCCACCGAGUUCACACCGUGCGCCUUUAAGCAGAUGGACGUUUAUGCGAUGGCGUUGGUGAUGUGGGAGGUGUUGUCGCAGACGAUUUUGGGGGAGGAGAAGGUGGAGGAGAUGGCGGAGUAUAUGUUGCCGUAUGAGGAUCAGGUGGGCAUGAAUCCGACGAUUGGGCAGAUGCGGGAGAUUGUUGUGGGGAAGAGGAUGAGGCCGGUGUGGAGGGCGCAGAUUAAUAGGCAUCCGGUGAGUUGGGGGGGGGGGGGGCAGACAACCAUGUUGUUAGAGAGGCAGAGCAUAGCAGACAGCUAGAGAGUAUAGGGAAAGAGAAGAGACGUAGAGGAGAUACACACAUGGGAAGAGUCAGACAGCUAGAGAGCUAGAGAUUGCGAGAGACGCAGGGAAUCAGAGAACUACAGGGCUUAAGAUCACCAGAGACGCAGAGAUAUCAUAUAGCUAGAGAGUAAGGGAAGAGAAGAGACGUAGAGGAGAUACACACAUGGGAAGAGUCAGACAGCUAGAGAGCUAGAGAUUGCGAGAGACGCAGGGAAUCAGAGAACUAGAGGGCUUAACAGACAGCUAGAGUCAGACAGCUAGAGAAUCAGAGACGCAGAGAUAGCAUAUAGCUAGAGAGUAUGGGGAUAGAGGAGACGCAGAGGAGACGACGAGAUACAGAGUCAGACAGCUAGAGAAUCAGAGACGCAGAAAUGGCAUAUAGCUAGAAAGUAUGAAAGUACGAGAGACGUGGAGAUCCAGACAACUAGAGAUCAUAGUAUUUCGAGAGACGCAGAGAUGUAGACAGCUAGAUAGCAAGGGAAUAGAAAAGACAGUUAGAGUCAGGCAGCUAGAGAAUCAGAGACGCAGAGAAACAUACUACUAGAUAGAGUACGCAAGAUUACGAGAGACGCAGGGAACCAGAGAACUAGAGAGCAUAACAGACAACUAGAGUCAGGUAGCUAGAGAGCACAACAUUUUGAGAGAGACAGACAACUAGAGGGCUUAGAGACGCAGAGAUAGCAAACUGCAAAGAAGUAUGCACAAGCGAGAGACGCAGAGAGGUAGACAACUAGAGUAUUGAGUAGGCUACUACUAAAAUCAGACGACCAGAGAACAGGGACGCAGAGGAACAACAAUCAAUUCAAUGUUGUUUAAAGAAAUCGCGUGUGCUGCGCGGAAUCGCCGAAGAAAUGUGGGAUCCGGAGGCGCACGGCCGCAUCACCGCCGGUUGCGCCUUCAACCGCAUCGUCCGCAUGGUCGUCGAGGACAAACUGAAGCGACACAUCGAGGAUGCGGAUUGCAAAGAGGCGAUGAGCGCCUAUCAUGAGGAUCCCGAAAAUGUGCCGCAUCCCACUCCGGAUCCGUUUGAGGAGCAGCCCGAGCCACCGGCCUAUCCCGAUGUUGAUAAGCUGGGAAUUAUUGGGGGUGAGUGGAGGGGGGCUCUAUUAUCCCAUGCCACGUCAUAGCAACCCACGUGGCCGCUAAAGCGGAAGAUAGUGCCGCUAACGCGGAAGCUUGCGGUUUACAGUCGCUUCGCUAGACCCGAGCGCUGUGCGCGAGUGUAGACCGCAGGAUUCCGCGUUAGCGGCACUAUCUUCCGCUUUAGCGGCCACGUGGAUUGCUAUGACGUGGCAAGGGAUCAUAGUAAUCCACGAAUGGUCCAGAACCCAAAUAUGGUUGUGUUUGGUGUCAAAAUGCUCCAAAUUCCACGUGGAUUCUGAAAAUCCUCGAAAUUUGGAGCAUUUUGGGACCGAAAAUUAUUGAUUUUUUGAAAAUUUGAAUUUCCCGCUAACUCAAAAAUCAUCAAAUUUUCAAAAUUUUUCAAAAAAUCGAUAAUUUUUUACACGUGGCAAAUUUAGGCUUAAAAAAACAAAAAAAUCGAUAAUAUUUGAAAUUUUGAAAUUUUCGGGUCCCAAAUUUCGAAUUUCUGAAAUUUUGAUGAUUUUUGAGUUGGCGGGAAAAUUCAAAAUUUUCCAAAAAAUUCGAUUUUUUCUGAUUUUUCUGAACCUAAAUUUGCCACGUGGAUUUUUUAUUUUGAAAAAAAAUUUCAAAUUUUCAAAACAUCGAUGAAUUUUUGGUCCCAAAAAGCCACGUGGCAAAUUUGGGUUCAAAAAAUUGCAAAUUUUCCGAAUUUUUCAAAAAAUCGAUAAUUUUUGGCGGGAAAAUUGAAAAUUUUCCAAAAAAUUCAUCCGAUUUUUUCUGAUUUUUUUGAACCUAAAUUUGCCACGUGGAUUUUUUAUUUUGAAAAAUCAAUAAUUUUUUCCACGUGGCAAAUUUAGGCUUAAAAAAUCGAAAAUUUUCAGAAUUUUCAAAAAAUCGAUAAUUUUUAGCCCAAAAUUCAAUGCUCCAAAUUCCACGUGGAUUCUGAAAAUCCUCGAAAUUUGGAGCAUUUUGAGCCCAAAUAUGGUUGUGUUUGGUCUCAAAAUGCUCCAAAUUCCACGUGGAUUCUGAAAACCUCAAAAUUUGGAGCAUUUUGAGCCCAAACAUGCUCAUAUUUAGUCUCAAAAUGCUCCAAAUUGGAUUCUCUUGAUUUCAGUCGACGAAAUUUGGGACGCUCGCGACAACGGUCUGAAAUACCGUCGUGGUCCCGAGCAAAUCUACGACGCGGCGUUGCGGCGGAUGCUGACGGAAGAGGAGGUGAAAGCGUUGGCUACUAGCGGAGUGUAUAUGGAUGCGGAAGAGUCUUCGAUUGUCUCCAGCUUUGAGCAUUCGGAUUUUUAA